CUUGUCGUCAGACACAAGGCGAGCCAAAAUGGCGUCCAAACGCAAGGGUGGCACGUCCGGAAACAAGUUCCGCAUGGCCCUGGGUCUCCCAGUGGCUGCGGUGAUGAACUGCGCAGACAACACAGGCGCGAAGAACCUGUACGUCAUUUCGGUCGUCGGCUGGGGCAGCAGGCUGAACCGCCUGCCGGCCGCCGCUUGCGGUGACAUGGUGAUGGCCUCUGUCAAGAAGGGCAAGCCUGACUUGCGCAAGAAGGUGACCCCGGCGGUCGUUAUCCGCCAGCGCAAGCCCUUCCGCCGGAAGGAGGGUGUGUACAUCUACUUCGAGGACAAUGCGGGCGUAAUCGUCAACCCUAAGGGUGAAAUGAAGGGCUCCGCCAUCACUGGCCCCGUCGCCAAGGAGUGCGCUGACCUCUGGCCGCGUAUCGCCAGCGCGGCCAACUCUAUCGUUUAGGAAGUUGCUCGCUCCUGUAACGGCUAGCCGCGCUAUAGUGUCCCUGUUCCCUUGCAUGUCCAUUUUUGCUGCACGGAGAGUCAAGAACCAGCUUUUUUUACAGCUUGCGGGCAACAGUAAUGGACAGAAGCAGCUUCCCAGUUAUCGUAAGAAAUUACGGCGUCGCAUAUUUUGCAGUGGAAAAGGCUAUAUAUGGAUCAGAGCCUUCAGCGGACGUUGCUGGCUCCUUACAAGCAUGGCCGCAGUGGAAGGCAUGGGUUUGCAAGGGUAGUGCUGACCGGGCCUUAUCCGAAAUCGGAAGCGGUAAGCAACUACGCAUUAAAAGUUGUUUCGC